GCGAGGUGGCACCAGGUGAUGCCGUAAACAACAAAUGAUAGUGUGCGCCAUACCUCUCUUGCGUCUUCAUUUUCUGGAGAAGACACGCCAGAAAAAGCGACACGCGGAGACACAGAAAAUCCGGAGAGAGGCAGAGGAGAAGAAGAGACAUAUCAGUUUUAACGAACUGGGAAGUUGAAGUUGCUUUUUGGCCAAAUGUCCCUAGCGCGCGCCCUCUUAACUCGCCACAUUUGCUUUUGAUAUUUUAUGAUGGGAAGAUGAAGUCACCCAAUUCAUCCCUCCACUACUACCCCCCUCUCCCCUCCACCAUCAUUCUCUCAUUCAGGCCCGUUGCCCUUAUGUUUAAUUAACUAGGCUGAUGUGUAAGUACCUUCAGCCAGCGAAGCGUGGGCGGCGGGCUGCGGGGUAGAGAGACUGCCGGAGAACAUCUCCUUAUUUCUCUCCGCCCGGGCGCUCGGUCGGCUGCCGGAGCAUCACCUCUGUCGUGCGGCGUAGAAAGCUACAAAAAAUAACUCGAGCCUUUUUAAGUUGUUCCGAUUUGUUUAGGUUGUUUUUGGAGUGCAGUGUUAUUUUGCGAAGAGCGCGUGAGGGAGAAGACGAGGGUGAGUGAGAAAAGAGAGAGGGAGAAAGUGCGCGCGCGUGUGUGUGCGCGUUUUGAUGUUAUUUGUGACGGAAUCCCCCCUUCAGUCUUCAAGAAUCCGCGAGCGGCGCGAGGAGGCGAGGAGGAGGCGCGCGGACCUGUCCACGAGCCACUGCGGAACGCGCGGGGCUGCCGCUGGAGAUCCCGAACCAACGGUUAUUUUGGAUUGUAGAGUCUAAUUGAUCCCCGCACUUCAACGGCUUUUUUAUUCCCCCUUUUCCCAGUCCAUCUCCACCGUUGAAUGAACGGUGUUUGACAUCUUAACCGAGAGGAAUACUAUAUCCACCGGGGGUGAGGUGCUGGUGAAGGUCUUCAGAGGCAGACAGGUGGAUUUAUCCGUGCGGUGGUGUGUGUUUUUUGGGGGCGACUGGAUGGAGGAGAAAUUGAUGGAUUAAUUUUACGGAGAAGAGUCGUAUGUGAUUCACACUCCUGCCGAGGGCACCCGAAUGGAGUAACAGGCUGCAAUGUCAUCUCCACCUGGCCGCCUGGAGAGAUGUGUCACGGGAAUGGGAUCAAGUUUGAACACUUUUGCUCUGGUUUCACUGACGCUGUGAGAAGGAACCAAAAUGCCAGUAAACGGACAGGUCAUGGUGGCUGCCUGCACGGGCCCUCAGACCACGGCAGUAAAACUCAGCAUUCAUCGCACGGACUCCGAAGAAGAAGGCGCAAAUCCUCCGCGACGGCAAACCUGCAGCAGCCACGCUUUGUGACGACGAAGGGUAUGAUGGGUGGAGUAGGCUGGCUGUUACUCCUACUCUCCCAGAUGAUGGUGCCUGUGGCGUCCCAGAAGCCUCCAGGUCUCAGUGUGGGCGUGAUCAUGGGCCAGACGCGCUUCAUUACUGAUCAGGAUCUCCGCCCAUCUAGGCGCCCUGAUGAUGCCCUUGACGUCUCCGUUGUAAUACUGAGAAUAAACCAGACAGACCCAAAGUCUGUGAUUACACAGGUGUGUGAACUUCUGUCACGCACUCGUCUCCAUGGCAUUGUGUUUGCCGAUGGCACCGAUCAGGAAGCCAUUGCCCAGAUCCUUGACUUCCUCUCCGUUCAGACCCAACUUCCAGUCCUGGGAGUCCAUGGAGGCUCCUCUAUGAUUAUGGCUGACAAGGAUGAGAAGUCCACUUUCUUCCAGUUCGGCGCGGCUUUGCAGCAGGAGGCUUUGCUCAUGCUUUCCAUCAUGGAGGAAUAUGACUGGCAUAUUUUUUCUAUCGUCACUUCCAAGUUCCCCGGGUACCAGGAUUUCAUCAGCACACUGAAGAUAACCGUGGAUCACAGCUUUGUGCGCUGGGACCUGCAGAGUGUGGUGACUCUAGAUGCUGUAGAUGGCGACCCAAACUCUAAAUCACACAUUGCCCUCAAGAGGAUCCAGAGUCCCGUUAUACUCCUGUACUGCUCCAAGGAUGAGGCUGUGUAUAUACUCGAGGAAGCCCGGUCCUUGGGUCUGAUUGGAGCUGGUUACAUUUGGAUUGUGUCCAGUCUCACCACUGGCAACCCAGACUUUACCCCUGAGGUGUUUCCCCUGGGUAUGAUCUCUGUGUCCUAUGAUGACUGGGAGUACCCGCUGGAUACGCGGGUACGGGAUGGGGUGGGCAUCAUUUCAUCCGCAGCCACCGCCAUGCUGCGGGAGAAGGGGGAGCUGCCAGAGGCCCAGAGCAGCUGCUACAGCACUCCGUCAGACAGGAGCCCAGGGAAGCUCCCACCUAGUGCCCUGCGCAGACACAUGAUGCAUGUAUGGAAUGAAGGGCGUGACUUAUCCUUUACUCCAGAUGGUUACCAGGCAAACCCCAAAUUGGUUGUCAUCGUCCUGAAUAGUGAAAGGAAGUGGGAGAAGAUGGGCCGUUGGGAGAAUGGGACGCUGGCGUUGAUGUUCCCAGUGUGGCCGAGGUAUAACUCCUUCGGGGAUGAGGAUGCAGAUGAAAACCAUCUCUCAAUCGUCACCCUGGAGGAGAAACCUUUUGUCAUUGUCGACAAUGUAGAUAUCCUCACCGGCACCUGCAUGAGAAACUCUGUGCCCUGCCGCAAGCAUGUCAAAAACCUCACUCACUUUCCCCUCUCAGAGCCCUUCAGUGCAUCAGUUUGGGUGAUGAUGUUUGUGAUGCUGCUCAUUGUCACAGCCAUCGCAGUCUUCCUCUUUGAGUUUGUCAGUCCGCUGGGCUUCAACCGCAACUUGGCCCAAGGCAAAGACCCACAUGGUCCAUCAUUCACCAUUGGUAAGGCCAUUUGGCUGCUGUGGGGUCUGGUGUUUAACAACUCUGUACCCGUGCAGAACCCAAAGGGCACCACCAGUAAGUUCAUCGUAUCGGUGUGGGCCUUCUUUGCCGUCAUCUUCCUGGCCUCCUACACUGCCAACCUGGCUGCCUUCAUGAUCCAGGAAGAGUUCGUGGACCAAGUCACCGGACUGUCUGACAAGAAGUUCCAGAGUCCAUAUUCCUAUUCCCCUCCAUUUCGCUUUGGGACGGUUCCUAAUGGCAGCACUGAGCGCAACAUCAGGAAGAACUAUCCAGAUAUGCAUCAAUACAUGACCAAGUACCAUCAGACUGGUGUCCAUGAUGCACUGGCCACCCUCAAGUCUGGAAAGCUGGAUGCUUUCAUUUACGACGCUGCAGUGCUGAACUACAUGGCUGGCAGAGACGACGGCUGUAAGCUGGUCACCAUCGGCAGCGGCUACAUCUUUGCCACCACAGGUUAUGGUAUCGCCCUACAGAAAGGAUCCUACUGGAAACGUCAUGUUGAUCUGGCCAUUCUGGGCAUCAUAGGAGAUGGGGAGAUGGAGGAGCUGGAGGCCCAGUGGCUGACAGGGAUCUGCCACAAUGAGAAGAACGAGGUGAUGUCCAGCCAGUUGGACAUAGACAACAUGGCAGGUGUAUUCUACAUGCUGGCCACAGCCAUGGGCCUUGCCAUCCUCACCUUCAUCUCUGAACACCUUUUCUACUGGAGGCUAAGAUACUGCUUCACUGGUGUCUGCACAGGGAGGCCGGGUCUGCUCUUCACUAUCAGCAGGGGUAUAUGGAGCUGUAUCCAUGGUGUUCAUAUAGAUAUGAAGAAAAAGAACCCUGAGCUGGACUUUAGUCCUCAAGCCAACAUGCUGCAUCUGCUCAAGUCCGCCAAGUCCAUGGCUUUGUCUUCUCCCAAACGCAACACUGUAGUCUUGCAGCCUAAUAUACUAGAUGUGAUGACAGGGAAAGGUAACUCACUCCAUAGCCUGCCCCAGAAGGGUCCUGGUCUCUAUAGCAACGCCGCUGGCCAACACAGUUUCUUGUCAUUGUCCGGGCGACACAAAAACCUCCUUAACAAUGCUGCGCCAUUUCCCAUGCAACAAAAAGCCCCCCCUCUUCAAACCAGCCCCAACAAGCCCCAGCUGUCAAUCACCAAUGACAACGGCAAGACCCGCCUCGCCACGCCUGCUGUCUCUGCUGGUCCACAGGCCUCUAAACCUCGAGCCCUAUGGAAGAAAAGUGUGGAGACAUUGAAGACCCAACCUACUGUCGUAUCUCCCGGCCCAAGCCCUGUCCCAGCAUCUGGACCUGGCCCUCCACCAAUGAAGAGCCAACGGUACCUGCCUGAAGAGCCGCCACACUCUGACAUCUCAGAGUGCUCAAGCAGGCCGCCAUCACACAAAGAUUCUGAUUCCAUGGCGGCGAGGGGUGGAUUCAAGCCUGUCAAUCAGCUGAGGAAAAGGGUUGGGGGAGGAGGAGGAGGAGGAGGAGGUGGGGGCGGAGGAUCCAAGAUCUACUCCAUUGACUCAGACCAGGCCAGUCUCCAGUCCGCUCCGCCCUACCAGCGAGACAGCCAGGGGGGAGGUGACGACCACAGUUACCCCCCUGAUCUGUUUCCACCUGACAACACGUACUCGCACAGUCACACACUCUCCCACCAGGCGGACGCACCCAUUUUGCAGCUGAGUGCCAGCCUGCUGCAUCAUAGUCACAGCGCAGAGGCUGACCUACACUCCCUGAAGGACAAGAAAUAUAGCACCUACACUCACAGCAGUUCGAAGGACAAAGCUGGGGGUUCAUUUGAAGCUCCAGGUGCAGGACAGGGGACACAAAGCGCCAGGCCCGGCCACUGUCGCUCCUGCCUGACCAAGCUGAGCGGUUACUCCGGCCUUUACACUGUCCGCUCACCACAGGCUCGGUGUGAUGCCUGCGCCCACCUGGGAAACCUGUAUGACAUCAGCGAAGACCACCUGCACUCACACUACUCCCACACACACACUCACCCACACAGCGGGGACAUGUUUACACACUACCUUCCCCAGAGCGAGCUGGGCCUGGUGGGCGAAGGGGACGGGCUAGUCAACCCAUUCGAGCCCUCCCCUUCCUCUCCAUCUCCUCUCCCCACCUCCUCGUCGGCCCAACACCUUCAGCUGAGUCGUCAGCACUCCUACGAGAACGUGCUUCCGGACGGUGUCCCUGAGCGUCAGUCGCAGCUGCACGCCCACCUGCGGGGGCUGAGCCUUCCUGACAGAGAUAGGGAGAGGGAGCUGACCCUGGACGAGGGGGCCUAUGCUAAUGUUCUCACAAUGCGCUCGGAUCGUCCGUAUAGCAGCCGCAGCCCCCCCUCUCCGUCACCCUCCCACCACCACAGUCUGGACGCCCCUAUGCCCCUCCCCCGGCGCUCAAAGAGUCUCUUCCCUGAUCGCCCCUCUCACAACCCUUUCCUCCAGUCAGCUCCUGGCACGACACAACGAGAUCCCUCCCCCCAGGCUGUCACACGCAUGCCACAGAGAAGUUCCGCCCACGAGCUCUAUAAGCAGCGAAUGCCGCUGUCACUUACACUAGGUAACCAUGGCAGCCAUCACAACAACCAGCAUGGCGGCCUUGUCGACCAACAGGUGUUUUACCCUCAACAGGAGCCCCCUGUGGUGGCCUACAUGGUCCCACCUGCUGCUGCUCAGCCACUGAAUUAUGUGACAGCGCCACGAGCCUCGAGCGCAGGUGGCAACAGACCCCGGCUCUACCGCCGCAUGCCCAGCAUCGAGUCUGACGUCUGAGAGUCACACGCAACACACUUACUCUCACUGAAACACACUAGCACACACGCAUGCAAGACAGAGGUGUGUGUGACCGGACCAGGCAGCUCUGAUUCAAGCACAUACACAGAAACACACUGACACACAUACACACACACACACACACACACAGGUGAAAGACGGGAAGGUUGGCUCUGGACUAAAAGGUUAAUGGGGAUGCUAAGUAAAGAGUAAAUGAAUCAUUCUUUAUCACACCCUCUAUAGGCCAGGGUCGGGGCCACAGGGACACCUAGAGGCAUAAUACAAGAUGAAGAGUGUGAUUGUACUAUCCUCAAACUAAAGCCAACGAGGCACAGACUAUCAAUGCGGCUGACAAGACCGAUCGAAUCCCUGGUGGAAUGAGUGGGACACUGUGCACGGAGUUUAACGCCAACAGUGGGAUCUGAUGGAAGAUAUAAAAGGGUGAAACACGAUCUGACUUGUUCUGCCCUUUCACCAACCUCUUGAAGAUGAAGGGGACACACAGAAAACAACUUUCUUUCUGAGAUGACACACACACACACACACACACACAUAUCUUUCAGCUAAACACACCUGCCCCACUCCAGGACUCUCCUGUUGCACUAUGAUUUCUUCGGUCAACCCGUAUGUUGUCUGAGCCUCCAAACUGCACUGCCAGCAUGGCUUAAAGAGUAGUAAACUACACUAGAGUAGUCGCUGACUUAAUGGAAAUUACUGUCUUUGUAAUAGACUACAAUUGAACUGGGAGGCGGGCAGCUGGUCAGGACACAGAAGCGUAUCAGCUCCUUCCAGCAGAUGUAAAAACACUCAAACACACACACACACACACACUGUGUUUGUUUCUAGGGGGGGAGGGGAGUAAAACUACAGACUGUUUGUUAUUGGUGAUGCCAGUUAAUUGAACAUUCCAAAAAGUGGACCAAACAUGGCCGCCAGUCGAAGCCUAUCGGGACGAGAGUGUGUGUUCUAGUGUUUCUAGAUCUAGAGACAUACAGUACAGUAUAGCAUCCUUGCUUCCUCUCUUAGCUAGCCUUCAGGUCAUACUGCAUGCUUCCUACUGCCCUGUGUUACAGUUAAACUCCUAUACAGGGUCAAAUAUGCACACAUGCACACACAUAUAUGCACAUACACACACAUGCAGAUACGCAGUAGUCUAGGAUAGUAGUUUAGGCUGGGUGGGUGUGUGUGUCGAAGCUAUGAGAUAGCUUCUCUUUGUGCACUUUGUAGAUUUUAUACCCUGCCACCUAACACAGACGUUUGACCAAAAACACUUUUAUACUGAAAAAUAUGAAUAUUCUCAAUCAUUUGCUGGAUAGAUGUUUUCCUUUCUCUUUUUUCUCUUUGACAUUGGGUUUUAGGGCACCAUUAAGUUUCCAUUGUGAGGUCAGAUGUUUUACAGUGUUAGAUCAUGGGUAAAGCAUUAUAAGGUAAACACAACAACUCUUAAUCUUUCUCUUCUUUUUUCACUUUUACUGUACUCAUCCCUCCUUCUAGCCGUACCUUCUUCAUCUGCUUUUGUUAAUUCUCUUAAUUACUCCUUACUUAAUUUUUACUCCUUCCCAUUUUCCAUUUAUUAUAGAGUAGAUUGAGUAUCAGAAGAAUAAAGUUCCAUCGUGGUGUUUAAAAGUCAACAUAUUGUUGGAAAUCACUUUUUAUCACUAGUCGUAAGAAUUCCUCAAAUUCAGCACCGGCUCUCCUAUGAUAAGAUAGGACGCUUUUUUCUAAUCAUUUUUUUUAUGUUAAAAGAACUUGAGGCCCGUUUUAAUGUUUCCGAAGUGAUUUCAGAGGCUGAGUGCAUCACUGUUGCAUAUUUACUCAUCAAAUUGAUACUCCUGGGCGAGAGUAGCUGAUACUUGUGUGGCUCUCUGUUGGCGAGAACAUAGCGCUGUGUUUCAGCAGAGAGUCACGUGGCAAAGCAGAGCGUUUGCAAAGUGACUCGUUACAGAAGCAACAUUCACACACACACACACACACACACACACACACACACACACACACAUGCACAAAUUCAACAAGCUGGCAAUGAGUGUUCUAGUGUUCUAGAAAUCCAUAAUCUAAGUAAGGGCAUUGAUUUUUUUGAGCACAAGGAUUUUGAUGGAAAGAUUUGAUAUCCCAUUAGCUCAGCGUCUGUCUCUAUUUUCUUUUUAUUCUCUCUCUCUCACUCCCGUACACACAAACACACACACACACAUGCACACACGUACAUACAUCUAUAUAUAUUGGCUGCAAAUAAUGCAAGACAGUUUGAAUAAAAAAAUGCACCUUUUGAAUGGUGAAAGCUGCCCCUCUUUUGGUAAUCUUAACAGGUUUGGUGUGUGAGUUAUAUGCACAAUAUCAGGUUGCAAUAUUAUACUUCUGUACAGAGAAAUAUUUGUUUUUAAAUGUUAGAAACUGAUUUCAUUUGUUUGAUUUGAAUGGUAUUAAGUGUUGAGUUCAUUUCAAUAACAAUGUGGCUUUUUAUUCUGCUUCUUUAAAGAAAAAAAAGACUGGCAUGUUUUUAGAUUCUUGUGUGAUUUAUUUUUCCUCUGGUGUGUUGUUGGUUGGGACCUCACUGUACAGUCCUCACUGUUGGGGUUGACAGAAUAGUUAACUAUCCCGGUCAGCUAACCAGUUAACUAGCAACACGUAGCUGGGUCUCUCAUCUGAAUCACACUCAAUGAAUAAUGAUAGUCCAGCCUGUGUGGUUAAUACGAACCCCCUCCCACCCACAUAGUUCUCUUCCACUACCAGUCUGUGCUGUUUCACCUCAGAGUGUGAGCAUGUGCGCGUGUGAGCGUGUGUGUGUAUGUGCGUGCUUUUGAGCGUGUGUGUGUGUGUGUUUUACACCGUGCAGGCAUUUAUAUAAGACAGAGGAGGAUAUGUGUAACAAGAGGUUGUUUGUGGUGUGUGCGCGUGUGUGUGUGUGUGUGUGUGUGUAUACACCUUUCUGUACUCUCUUCCCUUCGUCCCACACAUAACAUUUGACCCGGCUGUUACUCAUACAACACAAAUACAGUUUUGCACACACGCAAACACACACACAUGUUGCGUCCGUGCUGUUGUGGUAAAGAGAGCAUGUAAAAUGAGUUUUGUACGUCCACCAUCACACAGAUUUUUACACCAACCUUUUGUUUGAUUUUUUUUAAAUUGCAUGACGUGCUUGUGUUUUUGGUGGUACCUAUUUUGCUGCAACACCAGAGUUGUCCCUGAGUUGACCUACUGAGGCUACAUGUACCAACGUUCCCCUCCACACUGGUUUGUGCACCAUAUCUGACUGGAGCCCCAGAUGCUUAAACACUCCCGACUCUCGGCCUGUGAUGUCACCAAUAUGGCGCCUAGCUGGCUCCUGCACAACGCCAGCCGCCGUCAAGGAACAUGUGGAAGUUUGGUCCAGAUGUCCACAUAUUAUAAACAGUACUGGGUGAAAGGAGUGCGUUGGUGUGUAGUCCUCCGGGUCUCCCCGCCGUGUAUCUCACUUGUGUAUAAGUUCAGGGGUUUCUAAGCUACUAGUUGUGUUGUAAAUACUACCUUGUCACUCAGUACCUCUGUACAAUCUGUAAAUAAGUAAAGGUUACAUUUUUCUACUUGU